AUGGAACAUCAAUCGGCAGCUCGCGCCUAUACCAAAUUAGAGAUUGUAGGCCGUGGUUCAUACGGUGCUGUGUACAAAGGACUUCGAAAUGCUACGAAGGAGAUUGUAGCUAUUAAGGUCUUGAAUUUGGACACAGCAGAAGACGAAGUGUCGGAUAUUCAAAAAGAAAUUACUGUCUUAAGUGAAUUAAAGCAACGAGAAUCUGAAAAUAUCGUCAAAUACCAUGGUUCCUACUUGGUAGAUACGGAUUUAUGGAUUAUUAUGGACUAUUGUCAAGGCGGCAGCGUUCGCACUUUAAUGGAAGCUGGUCAAAUAAGUGAACCUUAUAUUUCCAUUAUUCUUCGGGAAACUUUACAAGCCCUAAAGUUCAUUCAUCAUGCUGGUAUCAUUCACCGUGAUAUAAAAGCAGCUAAUAUUCUUGUUUCUGUGUCUGGUAAUGUCAAGCUUUGUGAUUUCGGGGUUGCUGCUGAAAUCAAUAUUAAUAGUAGGAAACGAACGACUUUUAUUGGAACACCUUAUUGGAUGGCACCUGAAGUUAUUCGUGAUGGACAAGAAUAUAAUGUUAUGGCUGAUAUAUGGUCUUUAGGAAUUACAGCUUAUGAGAUUGCUACCGGUUCUCCUCCUCACGCCAAAGAAGACCCGUUUCGAGCGGUUUUCCUUAUAGCCCACACACCUCCACCGAAGCUCGAAGGCAAUUUUAGCAUUUUAUUAAAAGAUUUUAUUGCUUCUUGUUUAAAUGUUGUGCCAGAAAAACGUUUGGACGCCUCUGAACUUAUAAAAUCAAAAUUUAUCAAACAACACGCACGUCAACCUGAAAAUGAGCUAUGCAACCUGGUUAAACGUUACGAGCAUUGGCAAGCAGCUGGUGGUGUGCCUGAGACUCUAAAGACACCAGACGAACCUGAAGAUGGCAGCGACCAAGAUAAUGAUACUUCUGAAACAGCUUGGGAUGAUGGUUGGGAAUUCGGAACCGUGAAACAAUUACCACAGCUACAAUCCCAGUCAUCUUCAGGAUCUGCAACCCCAACGUCGAAGAAUUUCUCGUCUACUUCAUUUUCUGUGCCAGAAAACGAGUCUCAUCCUCUUUUGCAGCUUUUUCAGAGUGGUUCUAUCAGUAAUGAAGGUUCCUCUAAUAUUAGCGAAGGGAUUUCAGAUCAAGAAUUGAGCAGUGAACCUUCAUACUCCCAAAUUGAACUACCAAGUUUUGAUAAGGAAAACGAAAGGUUUGAGAACGUGGCAGGUGUUAAUUCAAAACAACCGAAACCUCAAGAAGACUCAGAAUUGAUGGUCAAUCGAAUUAGGGGAAAUGUUAAGAGCUCUUUAGACCAGAAUGUUAAGCGUCCACUACCACGCCUUGUCCAACGGCAAAUGAAUAUGGGAAAAAGGGGCAUAUCCAUGUCUCCUAUGAAAAGUCCUCUUCGAUUUCCAUCUUCGCUAGAUCCUCAGUCUAGAAGUGUUUCCCUUAGUGCUUUUGAACAAAUUAACACUCCCUCAGUAGAUACCAACGCCCACAAACUACAUUCCGGUUUACCACCAACAGAUGUUCCUCGACCUUCUAAUAACCAACCAGCAAAAGCUACGUCUCCAUCGAUUCCCGUACAUUCCGUCAAUUCAACUACUGUAAAGCCUUUUAACUCAAAGCUACGAGCGCGUUUGCCCCCAUUGUCUAUUAAUUCCUCACAAUCGAACAUGGGUUUAAAUGAAAAUUUUGAACCUCCUCCUGUUAAGCCAUUACCAAUGGAAUUAUUCGAUGAUAAUUUUCAUAACAUACAUACUAUGAAGUCCUCUAUAAAAGUGGAAUUAGACAAUCUUUUGACAGAAAUGGAUGUCUACUUAAAAGGAUUGGAGGUGAGUCUCACCAAAACAAAAGACAUUUAA